AUGCGCCCGGGCUGCGCUCACACAAAGCAGCCUCUGUUAAAGCGUGCAAGGCUUUGCAUCCAAUCAAUUUCCCUCAAGUUUCCCAAACCGAACUGCAAACCGGAAUCGACUCUGAAUGACAGAUUAUGCGAUCUUCCCACUGAAGAACGUUCAGAUAUCCCGGAAUACGUCCCCAUCUGGGAAGAAUCUUUCAGCAAAACCGCAGCGAUUUCAAACCAGACUAAAUACGGAGAGCCCACAGCAGAAUCCUCUUACAAAGGAAUUUCAAAUUUUCUAACAACGUCCAAGAUAGCAUACUUCAAACGGAAAUAUGUGGAAGAUGAAGAUCUUCAUCCACCUGCUCACAGCUGCUGCCAAAGGGCACGGACCUUGGUUGCUUCAGAGGAUCGUACCCACAUACUUCGUUUAUCACUGGAAAAACUAAGGCUUAUUGAAGAUCCUGAAGUAUUUUUGCGGCGAUCAGUACUGAUCAACAAUUUACUGAAACGGAUCCGAGGCGAGAUGCAGAAUGACUGGUAUUUGUCUGCCUGCUCUUUUGGGGAGGCACGACCCAGUGAUUGGUUCGGAUCACCAGAAUCCACAUACAGGAAAAGGCUGCGGAUUGCCAAGGAGUAUGAGAGUAGCCUGCACGACUGCUGCUUUUACCAGGAAUGUGGCAACCAAUAUUCAAUAAUACCUUUCUCUGUUUAUAAUGGGGAAAGAGUUGCCUCCACUCUGCCCAGUUGCUCCCACCAGGGCAUAGACUGCUCUGAAAUUUAUGGAGUCCAUAGUGCACAUCCCAGAAUUCAACUGACAACCAGUGCAGGGUCUGACAUUUAUCAGAACAUUGAAAAAAAUUGUGAUAAGGAAAUUAACAAAGAAGAUGAGCAUCAAAGGGAAAGCAGCACAGAGAAGCAUACUUCCAGUGAAAAGGCUCUUUCUCACGCGUGCAGCGAUAAGGAAGUUGAUUGCACAGCAACUGACUUCAGAAACGAUGGGAUUGUCUCUUCUGAAUCUGCGUUGGAUCCUGACAUACUAAAGCAAUAUGUAGGUGAUCACAAACUUUGUUGUGUAAAGGAAACAAAACUAGAGCCAGCUUGCUUUGCAAUGGCUACAACCAACAGUUUGACAAGCCUAGCAAAGAGUACGUGCAGAGUCAGUGACACUUAUUAGCAUGAACACCCGUGACAGAAAAUGAUGUCGAAUUUUUACCAUCAUACUGAUGCACUUUAUUCAAUGGUUGAAACUAGACCCUGAAGAAGAAUAAUUAGGAAAAGAAAUAAAUCAGCACAUUGUAGGUUGGAUUACUUGGACUAUCCAUCAUAGCAGGUUAAGUUUUUAUAUUGUAGACAGUGGUUUAUAUAGAAAGUAACAUGAGUGUGAUCUAAGGUGCCUUAAAUUUGUUACAACAGUGUUAACGUUUGCAAGACUGUACGAACAUCUGUUGGGGUUAGCUGUAAGAGAUUUUAUACUAUUUUCUUAUAUUUUGACUUGCCACAGAACAAGAUCCAGCACAUAUGAAAAAAGAAUUUUUGAUUUAAUCUUAAAAUUUACAUUUUGAACAGAUAAUGUGUGUAAUUUCAGUCUGUUCUCUGUAUAAUAUUCUUAAAUAAGCCAACAAUGUUUCCCUCGAGCAAACAUCAAGCAGCUUGAGCAUCUCCAUAGCAACAGAUAGACUUUACAAAGAAUGAAAUUUGUACAGUACAGGCCAUGAAUUGGUGGCUGACAUAAUUCGUCAACAUUUUUACUUUAAAUUGCCUUGUUUUACUUAAGCUUUAAGCUAAAAAAAAACACACCGAUUAAAGCUUGGUUCCUGCUUUUUGUUUAAAUCUUAAAUUGUUUUAAUGACCGUGAAGACCAUAGUAACUGGAUCUUAAAACUUUGGGAGCAGUAUUAGCUCAAACAAAGAAUGGAAAAUGCUCUCCAUUAAACCAAUUGCAUUUGGAGUGACUGAGUCCUUGACAUUAAGACAUUAGCUCUUUUGUUGUGAUUGUGGCCAAUAUUUAUGUUUCCAAUGCAAUUGUAUAUGCUUUUAUAAAAAUUUCAAAAAACGCUAUAUGGGGUACUUUUCCACGUGGUAUGGUAAAUUGGUACAUACAAGUGUUUUACAGUAAAAUGUGAUUUACAUGUAAAAUAUUUAUUAAACAGUAGAACAUCUUACCCAGAAGUAGUUUAAUGUUACUUUUCCUCAGAACAGAUGAAAACAACUGAAUGGGUACCUGGUGUGAAUGAAAAUUUAUUAAAGACAGCAUUUCAAGU